AUGCACAGCACCCGUCUAACGCAUUAUCUAUACACGGCGUCGCUGUUCCUCCUGAUCUUGCUCACGGCCAUUGCCAUUGCCAUCAGUGCCGCCGAUGUUAUUAUUCAAGCACUUGCCGACAGAACGGAAUCGGAUGAGCUUGACUAUCGUAACCUUGUUGUUGUCGCUGCGAGCUAUGUGGUGUUGGCUAUUGCUGCCUUGUCAUUUUCUUGCAGUCGAGUCCUUACAGUACGAGCAUCUCUUCAAGAUAUACCCAAGAUCUACAUUCCAAUUAAGGAAGAUGACUUACCAAAAAAAGUAUAUGCUCAUAUCAAAAGGAAAUUCGAGAAUGCCAGGAAUGUACGAAAGGCCGCUGAGCCACUUGCUGAAGACAUUGGUCAACUAGGACGUGCAAAACCUGGCAGUGAGAACUUUGAAGGUGUGGAUUUCAAACGAGCCAUUGCAAGAACACCCAUCAUUAUUGAACAAGCGGCGAUCGAGAUCAAUGGUGUUUAUGCACGACCCCUUUACCUUUCAGUGCGGCAGUACAUUGACUACUUGAUUGAGAACAACAUUAUCGAUGGACAACUUGGUCAGGGAUACUUGGAAGGCUAUGAGCAAGCGAGAUUCAACAGGACGCCCGUUAGUCAAGAGAAAUAUUACGACAUCAUGAAGCAUCUUGCAGCCAUUCUACACAAUAUGGGAUAUCGACUUCAUGCAGCUACACCAGGUGCCGGUGGAGGCGGCGGUGAUGGUGAUGAUCGACAUACUACACAUAGUGAAGGUGAAAGUGGUUCUGGUGACGAUGAUGAUGAUGGGUUGUCAAAUAGCUCAUCUCAAAGAACACACGGCCGAUCCACUGAUCCAGCAGCCACAACAGCAACCACAGCCACUACCAACACCAAGACCGAGCCACGUGAUGAUGAUGUGGUAUCACUAGCGCAAUCGGUAGCCACAUGGACAUCAAGAUCGACAUUAUCCCAUAGACGACGUGCCAAUUUGACACGACAUACAUCAGAAGAAGACAAUAAUUCGUACGAUGACAAUGACUUUGAUCAGUAUGACCAACAUAUGAGACGAGCCAUUUACUCCAGACUCAUGUGGGAUCGGGCGGUUGAUCCUUCCUAA